AUGCAAGACCCCCGGCUGCCCCCCGCCCUGGGGCUGCAGUUACCACUCACAGAACAGAAGGCAAAUGUGGAUGGUGGACGGCUGCCCCUGCUGAAAGCCGCCUCCCGGCUUCCUGUGGCUAGCUUGCGGCCCAAACGACCUGCCACCAAUGAGAACGAGCCCCCGAGGGACAAUCGGAAACGCCCCCGUGACCAUCUUGUUCCCCCCAAGAGAGGAGCCAUGUCGGUUGCUGUCUCCCAGCCGAAAGAGGCCCCUGCUGCUUCUGCCCCUCGCGGCCGGCGUGUGCCUGGCCGUCGCUCGUCUUCGCGAGCAGGGAGAAUCAUGGCAAUGGCUUCCACAACAGUGCUGAGCCGGAGGCCCGUGCCUACAACAGCAGCUCCUAAAUCAGCCCCUCCCGGCCCGGCCCCCUCCGGGGCUGGAGAGAAGAAGCGGGCCCCCUGGGACCAAGGGCAGCUGGGCGACCUCCGGGCCAGAGUCAGCGUCCUGAAGGAGAAGUCGCAGGGCCUGGACAGCGAGAACCGAGCCCUGAAGCAGCAGGUGGGCCUGGAGCUGGAGCGGCAGCAGCUGGUGGCUCAGAACGGGGAGCUGGGCUCCCGAGCCAGCUCCCUGGCCUCGGAGCUGCGCGGCUGGCAAGAGCAGGCCAAAGAGAACCUCCAGAGAGUCUCCGAGCUCCUGGCCCGAGAGCAGCAGCUGGAAGAGAUGGUGGGCAGCCAGAAGCAGAGGAUUAGGGAGCUGGAGGGGGCCAAGAAGGAGCUGGAGGAGGCCCACUGGGGCCUGGCUGCCCGGCUGGAUGCCACAGAGCUGCGACUGGCCGAGGAGGCUCUGGCCCAGCGAGCCUUGCAGGUCGAAGCCUUACAGUCCCGCGUGGCGGAGCAGGACCAGCGGCUGCACGAGUCGGAAAUGGAGCGCCGGUGCUUGCACAACAUGGUGCAGGAGCUGAAGGGCAACAUCCGCGUCUUCUGCCGUGUCCGGCCUCUGCUGCCAAGCGAGAAGCAGGGCCAGAAGGGGAUGGGGCACCUCCGAUUCCCUCCCGAGGACAACAAGGCCCUGGUGCUCUCCAAGGCCGAAGAGUCCCACGUUGGGCGGGAGCGCAAGGAGGAGGUCACCUACGAGUUCAGCUUCGACCGGGUCUUCCCCCCUUCCAGCUCACAGGAGGACGUCUUUGAAGAGAUUGCUCUGCUGGUGCAGUCUGCCCUGGACGGCUACCACGUCUGCAUCUUCGCCUGCCAGACGGGGAGCGGGAAGACCUACACCAUGGAGGGGCCGGAGGAGUUGGCCGCCAGCACCCUGGGCAUGAUCCCCCGCGCAGUGGGCCAGAUCUAAGCCGCCCAGCAGAUGGAGGCCAAAGGCUGGAAGUACCAGUUCACGGCCAUCCUGGAGAUCUACAACGAGUCGCUGCGGGACCUGCUGGUGUCGCGCCUGAGCGGAGCGGGGCUGGAGAUCAAGCGGGUGAACCAGAGCACGGAGGAGCUCCACGUCCCCAACUUGUCCUACAUCCCGGUUGCCUCGGAGGGGGAGGUACCCACCCAGGUGCUGAAGCUGCUUCAGACGGCCAAAGCCAACCGGUCGGUGGCCAAACCUCCCUGAAUGAGCACUUCCUCUCGCAGCCACAGCCUCUUCCAGCUGCACAUCGAGGGCCAGCACACCAACCGGGAAGUGCACGCCUCCUCGGUGCUGAGCCUGGUGGACCUGGCAGGGAGCGAGCGGCUGGACAAGUCCCACUCAAAGGGGGAGCGCCUGAAGGAGACCCAGGCCAUCAACAGCAGCCUCUCCAACCUCGGCCUCGUCAUCAUGGCCCUCAGCAACAAGGAAACACAUGUCCCAUACCGGAACAGUAAACUCACCUACCUCCUGCAAAACUCCCUGGGUGGCAACUCUAAAAUGCUGAUGUUUGUGAACAUCUCGCCCGUGGAGGAGAUUGCUGAGUCCCUGAACUCCCUGCGCUUUGCCAGGAAAGUCAACGAGUGCGUCAUUGGCACCGCCCAAACCCACCGCAAAUAAGAGCACCCGAAUCUCCUGGCUAGUAUUUUACUCUCUUUUAAAGCAGAUUCCUGUGUUUUGUGAUUGUCUCAUGUAUGUGUUGAUCAUUAAACUUUUCCAGUCAGCA